GUUUUGUGUGGUAUAUCUGCUCACUAGUGCAAAAAAAGUAUUUUAUCCAUAUUUGCAUAUUUAUACAUGCCAUGAUUAACAUAUGCUAUCUGAAUUUAAUUACAACUUUUAUUAUUUAAUUAUUAAGUACUACAAAAUGAAAAGGGAGCUCUCAUAGUGUUGCAAAAUCUCAAUUCUAGAUCAAUACUGUAAUUAACACUACACUAAUAAAUAAAUAAAUCAAUAAUGUGGCGAAUGUGUCAUACUCGAUCACAUGAUCACCCAAACGUCCAUUUUAAUCACAAUUUUAAUAUUUAUUUAACUACGACUAUAUCGCUAGCAGCAUUGAGUUAUGUUAAUGUUACGAUAUCUUGGGUAUUAUUGUUAUUAUUAAAUAUAACACAAAUUUCCUAUGAAAGGAGAACGCGUACUCGGCGUGGCGAAUGUGUUGCAUCAUAAUCACACGCUGUUUUCGCUCACUCGUUUGAACGUUGGCGCGAGCUAAGUGAACAGAUAAAAAUAUAGGAAUCGGAUUAGAGAAUAAAAGUUAACAGUUGUUUUUUUGUUGUUGUUGUCGAGUCGUAAUAAACGUAAGUGAUAUUUGUUGUUUUAAUAAUAACGACAGUAUUACAUUGUUUUUCCUAGAUAGUUAAGAAUUCUUUAUAACCCUUUAGUGUUAAUUCGUCACAACAUAGUCCUCGAGUAUAGCUAGUUAGUGUUAGCUAUCAAGUUUUUCUCCUGUUAGUAAAUUAGCAAGAUUUAUUUAUUUAUUUAUUUAUUUAACUUUUUGUCAAGAAAAAGAGUUAGCGAAUCCUUUGGCUUUUCAUUCAGAAAAAUGAGUCACUGUGAGCUGGAAGAGGUGACGAAACACAUCAACGACAAGAUAUCCCUCGUCAAGAAGCUCUUAGAGCUGCGAGCAGUAGCAAAAGAUCCAGAUAAGCGGUCGUAUCUGCUCAAAAUUGAGCAGGAUGUCAAUGCCAUAAACGGGCUUCUCGACCGGUUUGAGAGAUACGUCACUCAGCAGAGGGACCUGCUAAAGCAUCUUCAGGACCUGGACAUGUUCUUCCAGGAGGAUGAGCAGAAUGCGCAGCACCUAUUAGAGAACAUCCCACCACACAUGCCUCGCAAAGGAGGGCAGCCGACAGCUCAAGGAGGACAGACGGCGGCUCCCAGCAAGCAGGCAGAAGUGAAUUCGGCCCCCCAGGAGCAAGAACAGCCCAGGAAGCCCCCACGGAGCCAGAUUAAAGAGAUGGAGUUUAUCACCGUGCAGGAGUUCGACAGCAUCCCACAGUACAUGAAGGGACGAGUGACGUACGACCAGCUGAACUCUGCUGUAAAAAGCAUCAACACGGCCGUCACUGCGAAAUAUAAAAUCCUUCAGCAGCCUGUCAAGAGCCUGAGUAACGCAGCCCGUAAGUUUCAUCAGCGUUUCAAAGACGAGGAGACCAAGGACACUAAAGGUCAGUUCUUUGUGGUGGAGGAGGACCUGCGUGAACUGGCUCAGCUGAAGGUGGAUAAGCGUUUUGUGGGUAUGCUGAACAUGCUGAGACACUGCCAGAGACUAAAAGAGCUGCGAGGAGGCGGUCUGACACGCUACAUGCUGCUGUGAUCCUCCAGACACGUCAGGACACCAGCGAAUGUCCGUGCUUCUGAUUUAUAUUAACAAGAGGGGGAUGUAACGGUUUAGGAUCUACACAUGUGCAGAAAGAACUGCUGAUCCUAAAGCUCGUCAGAUGUUUCUCCUGAGCAUCUCAUGAGCUCCAACUGAUCUUUCAAAAAUAUCUGUCUAAACGCAGUCAAGCUCCACCUGUAAUAGCAUUGUGCACUACUUCUGAACAUCCGUCCGAAGUACUUCACGUCACAGCUGCUGUCAACGUGCUUCAUUUUUUUUCAUGUUUUGUCUCAUUUUAGUGUACAUUUGGCGUUUUGUAAAUAAAUUUAUUAACGCAUGUUUAA